AUGAGGACUGUAAAAGGCUUCUGUGUUCUUUUUGUGCUGCAUCUGUGUUUCUUCGACUCAGGAACACCUGGGAAAAUACUUGUGUGGCCCGUGGAUUUUAGUCACUGGAUUGGUUUAAAAGUUAUUCUGAAUCAACUCCAGCUUCAUGGACAUGAGAUAACUAUCCUGAUACCUUCACCAAGUUAUCUAUUUGAUCAUACCAAGAUCCCCUUUAAUGUGGAGAUCCUUCAACUUCCAGUAACUAAAGAAACUAUCAUGGAAGAGCUCGAUACCUUUCUCCACAUGGUUUCUUUUGAACUGCCAAAACUUUCAUGGUGGGACAGGCAAGCAAAACUGAGAGAAAUGAGCCACAGUUUUUUAAGGAUGGGCAAAAGAGUGUGCAACGGUGCUAUCACAAAUAAGGAGUUACUCAGCAGGCUACAGGCAGCUAAGUUUGAUAUCUGUGUUGCUGAUCCCUUAAGUUUUUGUGGGGAGUUGUUGGCUGAGCUCCUCAAUAUUCCAUUGAUAUAUUCUUUUCGUUUUUCUUAUGGGAAUGUCAUUGAGAGAUUGUGUGCUCAAUUUCCCAUCCCUUCUUCGUACUCAGGACUGACAGACAGUACGACUUUUGUACAGACUGGAGAAUUGGUUGUCUUACAUGAUAAGUGAUAUUUUAUUUUUAUAUUUUCUAUAUGGGACGAGUAUUACAGCAAGAUUUUAGGUAAGAGAAAUUUGAAAACCACCACACUGUGUGAGAUUAUGGGGAAAGCUAAAAUGUGGUUGAUACGAACUUACUGGGAUUUUGAAUUUCCUCACCCUUAUUUACCUAAUUUUGAAUUUGUUGGAGGACUGCACUGCAAGCCUGCAAAGCCCCUACCUAAGGAGUUAGAAGAAUUUGUCCAAAGCUCUGGAAAAGAUGGAGUUGUGGUAUUUACUCUCGGGUCAUUGAUCAAAAACCUCACAGAAGAAAAGGCUAAUAUAAUUGCAUCAGCUCUUGCCCAGAUUCCACAGAAGGUUCUGUGGAAAUACACAGGAAAGAAACCAGACACAUUAGGACCCAAUACCCAGCUAUAUGAAUGGAUUCCCCAGAAUGAUCUUCUUGGUCAUCCCAAGACCAAAGCUUUUAUCACUCACUGUGGAACUAAUGGGAUCUACGAAGCUAUUUACCAUGGAAUCCCUAUGGUGAGAAUUCCCAUAUUUGGUGAUCAGCCUGGUAAUAUUGCUCGUAUAAAGGCCAAAGGGGCAGCUGUUGAAGUAGACUUGCAUACCAUGACGAGUUCUAAUCUUCUUAAUGCUUUGAAGGAAGUUAUUAACAACCCUUCCUAUAAAGAGAAUGCUAUGAAAUUAUCAAGAAUUCACCAUGAUCAGCCUAUAAAGCCCUUGGACCGAGCAGUCUUCUGGAUCGAGUAUGUCAUGCGCCACCAAGGAGCCAAGCACCUGCGGCCAGCCUCCCAUGACCUCACCUGGUUCCAGUACCACUCCUUGGAUGUGAUUGGAUUUCUGCUGGCUUGUGUGGCAACUACUAUAUUCCUGGUCACAAAGUGUCUGUUUUGUUGCUGGAAAUUUGGAAAGACAGGAAAGAAGAACAAGAGAGAAUAGUUUUCUUUAAUAAUUUAGAUGGAGAACUUGACAAGGCCCAUCUGAAUUAACCCAGCUAGUGAUGUGAAGAGAUUCCUCUCCUGCACUUCCAGGUUCU